AUGGAGAAGAUCAUCUUUUAUGAGGACAGAAACUUCGGGGGUCGAUUCCACGAGUGCGAUAAUGACUCCAGCGAGCUGCAUACUUACAUCACCCACUGCAACUCCAUCAAGGUGGAGGGGGGAUUCUGGGUUGUGUACGAGAGACCAAACUACAUGGGUUACCAAUAUGUGCUGAGCCCAGGACAGUAUCCAGACUACCAGUACUGGCUGGGCAUCAACGAAGCCGUCAGGUCUUGUCGUAUUAUUAGGCAUUUGGGGAAUUCAUGGAGGAUGAAGGUUUGGGAAAAGCCCAAUUUUGAGGGUGAGUCGAUGGAACUGGCAGACAACAUGCCCAACUUCCGUGAGCGCUGGCAGAACCGUGACGUCCACUCUUGCAAAGUGUUUGAAGGGGCCUGGAUCUUCUACGAGCACCCCAACUACAGGGGGCGCCAGUACCUGCUGGAGAAGGGUGAAUACAGACGCUAUUCUGCGUGGGGGGGCAUGCAGCCCAGUGUUGGAUCUAUCCGUCGGGUUAGGAAUUAG